AGACCGGGAGCUGCCGCCGCCGAAGCCGCCAUGGGGGUGGAAGGCUGCACCAAGUGCAUCAAAUAUCUGCUCUUCGUCUUCAACUUCAUCUUCUGGCUGGCCGGGGGCAUCAUCCUGGGAGUAGCCCUGUGGCUCCGCCAUGACUCGCAGACCACCAACAUCCUCUACCUGCAGCUGGGUGACAAGCAGGCUCCCAACACCUUCUAUGUCGGAAUCUACAUCCUGAUUGCAGUUGGUGCUGUCAUGAUGUUCGUGGGCUUCCUGGGAUGCUACGGUGCAAUCCAGGAGUCGCAGUGCCUUCUGGGGACGUUCUUCACCUGCCUGGUGAUUCUGUUUGCCUGUGAGGUUGCAGCUGGAAUCUGGGGGUUUGUCAACAAAGACCAGAUAGCCAAAGACGUGAAGCAGUUCUACGACCAAGCGUUCCAACAGGCGCUCAUGGCGGAUUCGGACUCGAGCAACGGGAAGGCUGUGGUGAAGACUUUCCAUGAAACGUUGGACUGCUGUGGUCCUGAUACUAUGGUUGGAACGCUCACUCCUCUGUGGAGAGAUGACCUGUGCUCGAAGGACUUACUGAAAGGCUUGCUGAAGCGUGAGGAAAACUGCCACAAAAAGAUCGACGAGCUCUUCUCUGGGAAGCUGUACCUGAUCGGUAUUGCUGCCAUCGUGGUUGCCGUGAUCAUGAUCUUCGAAAUGAUCCUGAGCAUGGUGCUGUGCUGCGGCAUAAGGAACAGCUCCGUCUACUGAGGCGUGAGAGCGGGGAGGGGAAGGGGGGAGCAGGGCUGACGGCGCUGGAGGGGACCCCAAGUGCCACCAAGUGACCGGGAGACAUUUCAACAAAAGACAAAGAAAACAAUGUAUAUAAAUACUUCCAAUAUUACCAUGCAGUACUUAUCAUUUUUAUUUUGAAGUACUUUUUUUUUUUUUUUUUUUUUUUUAAUAAAUAAAACUUUCCCGUAUCCUUGUGGCUCAGUUAGUUACACAUCAGUUUUGUGUGAUAGGGAAAGCUGCUGUAGCAGAUCUACUCCUUCCUCCCCCUUCCCCAGCCCCAAAAUUCAUGAAUAGCAGUGGUGGAGGAUGUACAGAGGAGAAGGCUGCAGCCUGUUAUCAGAAAUCUUUGCCUUGAUUUUUACUCUUUCAACACAGACUUUUUUUUUUUUAAUUAUUAUUAUUUUUAUAUAUGCACAGUUUGAUGCUGAAGCCGGAUUUAGCUUUUUUGGGUCAUCUGUUUUCUUUUCCUACCAUCAUCCUAACUCCAAGCCUUUCCACACUGUUGUCUGGGAAGCCCAGGAGAGAGGAAGGGGAGUAGCCCCGGUUGGCCGGGUGCGAUGUGUCCCGAGGAGAUGGAGGUGAAUGCUCCUAUCGGAUCCGUUUGCAUCGCUAGGUAAACUCUUACCAUAGCUCACACAGACAUUUUUUUUUACUCUCUGACAGUGGAAGAUCUUUAUGGCUUUUUUUUUUUUUUUUUUGGUUGUUUUUCUAUGAGCUCUGACUUUACAAAUCGGCUCAUUUCCAGUGAUCUGUCACGCUAAAGGGUCAGUGGCUGGGGGUGAAUUGAGUCCUGGUUCUUUUAAUAGAACUUCCUGAAAACUAAGUUGUUCUAUUAUUUGUUCUUUAAACCUCACUGAAUGUUUAUAGACAUAAAUUUCUGGGGCAAAUCUAGCAUUGUACAGAGCUUUCCAACUGAUGCUUAGAUACAAACGAUAUUGGGGGGAAAAAAAAGCAAGAUUUUUGUAAAAAAGAAGAAAAAAAAAGUCCUUAACCUUAAAAAUCCUAUAUUUACACACUGCAGGGUGACUUAAGGGGUUCCCAGCUGUAUACGUAUACGCUUUAAAAUGUCAUCUUUGCAUCACUCUUUUGCUCAGUGAAGUUUUCCCUGCUUAUAGCAUAUUGCCGCACUCUGUAGCAUUGCUGGGAAAAGUUCAUAGCCUGAUUUUUGCAACCACAACAACAACAAAAAGAAGAAUUUAAGAAAUUGUUUCUCUCUUAAGACCUUUCAUUUUCAGUUACAGUACCUAGAGAUUAGCUUACCAAAACAAGGGAAUUCAGGCUUAUUGCACCAGUCAGACAGUUUCCUGUGCUCUGGUAAGCGCUGGUUGCCAAUUAGAUGCAUGUGGCUUCUGUUGUAUGCCACUCGUGUACAUAGAGGGGAGGAGUGACCCGGGAUCUAUGUAAUAAAAUCAGAGUGUCUCUAAAAAGAUGAUCUAUAUGUAUAGUUCUAUAGAUAUAUAUUUUUAAGCAAAACCUUUUCCUUAGUCCAAAUGGGCACCUGAGCUGGAAAUCUUAGCAUCUCUCAGCUCUUUGCCACAUCGAAGCAGGGAAGGGGAGGAUGUAGAACUUGCAGUCGACUUCCUCACUUCAGGAAUGUUUCUGUUUCUUCGAGGAUUUCACUCUCACCUUCACGUUGCAGGAAGGAGCUCCAAAUCAGAUGAGGAGGGAGAGUUGUUGUCAGUAUGAGCACCUUGUCCGUGGCACGUGGGUGCCAAAAUGGAACAGGAAAUUCCUGCAGUGGGGCAAGCUGAUCCCUGCAGUGGCUUUUCUCCCCUUCCGCUCACCCCCUUCCCAUUCCUGCCUUUUAGUAUAUAGGGCCUUUAAGAAUUAUAUAGAGGGAGAAAAAUAUAUAAAAUUGCGCUAGGUAAGAGGAGGACGUGCUUCAACAGACCUUUGUUUUGAGGGGGUUUGGAGGAGAAAAGAUUCAGCCUUAGAAACAGCCUUAAAGCAACACUGCCCUGAAUGUCCACUUUGUGCACGUGGAGAAUGAGGCUCGGGUUUGCAGUAGGUAACCCCUUCCAGGCUCCCCAGCGUAGCUCCUUCAGGUCAUCUACUCUGUGGCUAUAGAUGUAUGCAUCGGCCAAGCAUGCGUGUUUACAUUUAUGUGCAUCAGGAUUGUCAGCAUACAGAAUGGAUGUGUAACUCGCCGCCUUUUUCGUUGACUGUUGAUAAAUGUGUAUAAAUAUGCCAUUAAGCAUUUCAGUUCUGUUUUCUUUCCUUGUACCGUGUUUUUGAUAUUGUUCAGUAUUCAGUUGACGCUGUGUAAGUAGCUGCAGCUCUGUUUGAAGAUGGACUGGGUCUCCCUGCAGAGAACUCGAUGCAGGUCAGGCAGGUCCUUGGCUGGUGUAGCUUCAGGGAUCCGGGCUGUCCCGUGCAGGAGCAACUGGGAGAAAAGCGGUACUGGCUGAGGGAGUCGGGACUGUGGGAGCAGGGAGAGCAGCAGGGUGUCUGCUUGGACCAUGUGCCACCUCCAGUCCCUGUGGGUGCUGAUGGAGAUGUCACGGGAGGGGCUGAAGGAGUUCUUCAGGGAGAGGGGUGCGCUUUCUUUGGAGUUCAGCUGAGAGUACACAAGUUCAAUUGUACGGCUUGACCCGGAGGGGCUGCAGAUGGAAUUGGGGGUGGUGCAUACAAACCUUCCCUCUCCAAGGAAGCAUCUUCCUGAAGCAAGAGGCAGCAAGCUGCAAGCAGAGUGGGGGAGGAGGGAGGCUGUGGGGAGGAGGUGAGUGAACUGUCCAGGUCUGAGUUCAAAGACCACAUGGAAAAGUCAAACAGAGCUGCUGACAGCUCAACUGAAUGCUUGGGAUUUUUUCAUACUGUGGAGCAUGCCACAAAGCAGUGUGUUUAACAACUUCUUUUUGCCUUUUUUUUUUUUUUUUUUUUUUUU